AAUUCGGUGGUUUGGUUGAUCGAGUGUAUGGAUUUUAUUCGAAGAUAUAACUAAUUUUUAAUUAUUACCUAUUUUAAAUAGUAUUUAUUUGAAAAUAAUCUUACAAUUCGCAAACCUGAAAAAGUUUACUUCUGAGAAUAUUACUACAGUCUUAAAUCUGUAAAGUGCUACAUAAUGAUAUCUGUUUGUUUUGAUCUUCAUAUUAUUUAAUUCUUAUCGAAGUAAAAGCAAAUCAGAGGGUAAAAUGGAAGGUGGAGAGUGGAGAAAUAAAAUAAUAACUCAACUACAAGGAAGAAAUAAACGCGAGACUAUAGCGUUUCAGGAUAUAAUAAGUUUUCAAAGCAGACUUUUCGACAAUGUUAAUACUUUGAGAAAUGAAAACCUGCAGCUUACUUUAGUCAAUGAAAGAAUUAGGUUUUCAAACACUGAUAGUGUUGUACCUGGAGGAAAUGUGUCAAAUGAAAAAGUUCAAAGUUUAGAACAUAAAAUAUUAAAGCAACAAGAGGAAUUAACGUCGUUACAUAGGACACGAGGGGAGAGUGCACAACAAAUUAUAUCCCUGAAUGCUAGAGUACAGGAUUUGGAGAAACAAUUAGUAAACAAAGAUAUUAUGACAGGAGGGGAGAGUGCACAACAAAUUAUAUCCCUUAAUGCUAGAGUACAGGAAGGGGAGGAACAAUUAGUAAACAAAGAUAUUAUUAUUUCAGAAAAUGCAGCUUUAAUAGCUUCCUUGAGAGCAGAGAUUCAAAUGUACGAAAACAAUAUGAAUGAACUGCAGGGUUUAAAUCAAGUUUUGAGAGAUGAGCACCAAGCUUUACAAAUCGCGUUUGCGUCAAUCGAGGAGAAAUUAAGGAAAGCCCAGGAUGAAAAUCGAUCAUUAGUGGACAGACUAAUAAAAUAUAAGGCGAAAGAUGCAGACAAAAUGAACGAAGAGAAUGACAAUUUCGUCAAGUCAAGCAACCCUACCGCGUUUUUCAUCAACCCGUUUGGUAGAGUUAGUUUCGGAAAGAAAAGCGACAAGGUUCGUAAGGAGUUAGAGGAAGCAGCCAGAGAAAGCAGAGGUAGUGGAGGCUCGCCGGGUUCAUCAGACGAUAAAGCGAUUGACACGUUGUCCUAUUACGCGAUUGUCCUGCCAUCCAAAGUAGCUUUAAGAUUUGACGCUCACGACGGCGAAGUGAACGCUGUGAAAUGGAGCCCUACAGAUCGGAUAGUCGCGACGGGCGGUGCGGAUAGAAAAGUCAAGUUAUGGGACAUAUCUAAAUGUGUCAUUGAAAGUAAAGGUACUCUAAUAGGUUCAAACGCGAGCGUUAUGUCAAUGGAUUUUGACGCUUCGGGAACCUUAAUUGUGGGCGCUUCUUGCGACUUCGCGAGUCGGGUGUGGACUGUCAACGACCAGCGAAUAAGGCACACAUUAACGGGACACAGCGGGAAAGUGAUGGCGGCGAAAUUCCUCGGGGAGCCGGCCAAAGUGAUCACAGGCAGUCACGAUAGAACGCUAAAGAUAUUCGACUUAAAAAGUAAAAGUUGUAUAGAGACAAAGUUCGCUGGGUCAUCAUGCAACGACCUUGUGACGUCAGACGGCGCCGGUUCCACCAUCAUUUCGGGCCACUUCGACAAAAGAAUACGAUUCUGGGACAUCCGGACGGAGAUGUCGUCGAAUGACAUCAUGCUACAGGGAAAAGUUACCUCCCUAGACCUCAGUAGAGACAGCAACUACUUGCUGGCGUGCGUACGAGACGACACAAUACAACUUAUAGACUUAAGGAUGAACACAAUUGUGCGCUCUUUCAGCCACGAUUCAUUCAAAGUCGGGUGCGACUGGUCGCGAGCAUCAUUCGGGCCGGGUGGACGACUAAUCGCAGUCGGGUCGGCUGACGGCGGUGUUUUUGUAUGGAAUACUCACACAGGAAAACUAGAAACUACCCUCAAGGAACAUACGUCAGCGGUGACAGCAGUGUCAUGGCACCCCCAGUCCGGUCUCCUAGCGUCCGUGGACCGCGGCAAGCGUGCCGCCAUUUGGGGUGACUUGUGACAGCCCUGGGAACCACGCCCGCCCUCUCCUGACAAGAUCGCGGACCGAGACACCGCUGAAGGCAAACAGGAGAGCGGCGAGGUGUUCGAUUUCCUACGCGGCAUCACCACCGACCUCCUACACAGGUUCAACUAGUCCAGCCAGCAAUGAAUGUGCUGCGAUGCAAUUAUCUCUUAACACUCAUGACUCGAGUUGUUUCUUUAAAAUUUUAAGUGUUUUUACUGCGAUACGACAUUUUAUUAAAUGGAAAAAAAUCGUGUGAUAUAGUUUUACAAUAACAAAAGACCGUUUAAUUAUUUCACUGAACACGCCAUUUUAAUUAAUACAUAAGUGAACGUUUGUACUACUUUCCAUUUAAAAUAGAAUUUAGUCAAUUGGACGAGUGUGACCGAUAUGCGUUAUGAGUGUAUUGUAUGUAAAUACGUAUAUAUAGAUUUAAAUUCGUAUGUCUCAAAGCGGUGCUCCAUGUCACAAUUUUAGGAUUUUUACGCAUAUUUUAAGCUUAAAUGAGAUGUCUUGCUCUCGAGCCGAUAUCCGAUUUUUUAGGGUAUGCUUGUUUGGUUUUAAAUAAAACAUGAAUUAUCACGAUAUGCACUUUUAGCAUGGACAACUCUUAAAUGCGCUAUUUUGUGCUAACUUAGUGAUAAAGAGAAAAUGCUAGUUUUUUUAUAUGUCAUUCAAAACUUAUAAGUAGCCAGCCAUUCCAAUUUAACAAAUUUCUAACAAAGAUAUGUCUUCCUUUAAAAUCAUUAACAUUUUUUAUCUAAAAACUUUAGUUGAUAUUGUAAAAUGUUUGCAGCAAUGUUAUUAAUACUUAUACGUACUACCUAAUUGUAAAAUAUGAAUUGUUUCUUACCGUGGUAUAAGCCAGUUAAUAAAUGUAGUCGCGACAUUGAAUCGAAAGAAAUAUCUGCUGUUGCGUAUCGUAAACAAUGCUGUCAUAGCGUACUUUAAUACCUUACUACUUUAGUACCUACGACCAUUAGCAAGUUAAUAUUAUUGAUUUUAAAAAUUAUAUAUAUUGCUUAUUAGGAAUGUGAUCAGGUAUACCUGAAAAGGAUGCUGAACUAAAAUUAAAUGAACAUCAAUUUUAAAUUACUAUAAUUCAUGUUCGAUAUUGUUUUUUAUUAUCCCGUAGCCCGAAAAAAAUACCAAUUUAAUUUACCAAUACUCAUUUAAAUUUGUUGGUAAACUCUAGACAGUAAUUAGCACUAUGUGAUUAAAUUAAUCAAAUACUCGAAAUCACUUGUAUAAGAAAACCUGUAAAUUUGUGCUUACUGUUUUAAAUUAAAAUUAAACGUAAGUUUUGAUACAAAUUGCAAAACUUGUCGUAUUAAUUGUGAAAUUUUAUACAUCAUAAAAUGAAUUAUCGAUUAAACUGAAAAAUUCUUACUCGCUUUUAUUCAGUCAUUCUAAACUUGUUCAUACAAUAUGAUUGCAAGCAUUUUGCAUAUCGAUGAUGAAAUAAUUGUUACAGUAAAUUUAUUUAACAUUGCCUACUCCACAAGGGCUGAUUAUCUGCCAACAGUCUCAAAAAGACUGAAAGGCCACAUUCAGCUGUUACGUUUAUUAAACGUUUAAAAUUAUAAACGUGUAUCUAAUUUAUUGCCUAUGAAGUAGGAUUAUAUUUUUCAUCACAAAAGUUUAAAUAGUCUCUGGAUCUUGGCAGUAGCAGUUAUUUAUGAAUAUAGCUAUCACGGUGACACGAUAUUUGUUUUACGUACGGAUCGGGCGGCCACCUGCGCGCGCGCCGAUACCGCUCAUUAGCAAACAAUGAUCGCCGGCGACUUGGCUUCAGCCGGCUCUAUAUGCUACCAUGAUAUAGCUUAGUUCGAAGCUGUGAAGGCCAGAGACAAUUUUAAAGUAAUAAUUAAAAUUAAAGAAAUACUUGGAUACUGUAAACUGACGAAGUUGCACGACAAAAGUUUUAUACCUGCCUUCAAACUUUAAAUUUGCAUCAUUAAAGAAAAGUCGUUUAAUUAAUAGAUCGUUUUAUCUGACUUACUAAUUUUAUCGUUUGACGGCGACAAAGCAAUGUUGUUUUGCGAUAAGCAGUCUCAACUAGCCGCCGGCGACACAUCUAUAAUCCCGUGACGUGUUUUGACAGCCAAGUUCAACCACUUCUUCACUGUCAGUUUUUACUGAAGUUUUUAUUCGGCAGUCCAUCGACCCCGCACCACUUACAAGCGUUAUUUUCACAUGUAUAAGUAUAAUUACAUGUAUAAGCGACCGCUUAAUUACCCAAAACUGCUGCGACGCUCGGGUCCGGAAUUCGAUCGAAAAAACGCCUCACCCGGCGCCGCCGCUUCAAAUUAAGAUACGUUAACCUUCGCCUUGGCUUGUAAUAAUAACUAUUUUGCAUAUGGUACGGCUACCAUGAGUUUUAUUAGUAAUCGCUAGCGGCAGUCGUGAGUUAAAUUUAAUUUGUAUAGGAAAAUCACAAGUUCCUCAAUUGUCCGCUAUAGCACUCUCAAAUUCCAUCUAAUUCACUACACUCGCUGGUAGCGAUUGAAUCAAGCAAAACUCAAUGUAACUUUUCCAUUCAGAUUUUCCCACGGCGCCUUGUCUCUCUAUUGAAAUUAAUCUUGCCAAAAAUAAUGUCAUAAUUGUAAACUCUUUGAAAGAAAUAAUAAAUAACGACCUAGCCAGCGCUAGUAAAUCAAAGUGGUUCUAUUGGCAGCGACCAUCUUAAAACUAGUCAAUUAUUAUGAUUUGUUAUAGUUUUCUUUUACAGAAGCUUUAAAUCCAGUCAAAAUAAAAUUGCUAUCAUAUUUAUUGAUUUAAGGGGUUGAAUAUUGCUAAACGCUAAUGACGACAAAAGAGAAUGUAUGCUUAUGAAUAUACCUAGUGAAUUUUGGAGAAAGACAAAAUGAUGUCAAUACAUAGACAUCUUAAUGAUAUUAUUAAAAUUUCAAUGGGUUACACAUUACUUAUGGAUCGAUCAUUAUUCGCACAGCUAAAAAGUGUAAACUUUUUGUACUAUCACCUCAUUACAGUUUUUAAUUUAAGACAUGAACCUACUUUUACUUUUUUUUAUUAGGACUACAUCACACAUUGAAAGUUAGAUACGUGUUAAGAAAUUGUAGUGUUAAUAUGAUCACCUUUAUACAUUAAUCUUAAAUCUAUAAAAGGAGCACGUUUUGUCUGCUAUAAAGUAGGCAAAUAGGCGUACGGUCUAUCUAACGCUAAGUGGUUACCGCACCCUAUGAAUGCAAAUCGAGGGGUGACAAACGCACAUAGCCGACUAUAGAGAUUUUUUACCCUUUUUUUGUCUUAAUCCUAUUUAUGCACGCACGACUUUAUCCUAUUCAUGGAUUAAGUUGAAUUUUGACUUACAAGAUGUCGAUGACUGAAGCAUCCGCAUAAAAUUAUCAUUAUUUAAUUAACCUCGUGUGCGGACAUCCGGCAGCUCUAGAGAUAUAAAUAUUUUUUUUACGGAAUUUGGAACAAUUUACAAAAUUCAGCUUUGUAAAUACUUAAAUAAUGUGCCUUUUUCGAAGUGUUUAAGUAUAUUCAUAAUAAGUACUUAUAAACGGUGAUUGAAUUUGUUGCCUGUGAAUGGAUUUAAGUCCUUUUUAAUACACCAUGUUCAUAUUCCAGGUCUGGGACUCGAUUUUAUUUUUGUAACAAUUAAAUAAAACUACGUUAUAUAUUCUUUAGUCAGUUUGGUUUAAGUAACUUUAGCUAGGAUUAAAUAAAAUGAAUUAGCUUUACAAGACUGUUGUCAUUUUUAUGGAAUAUUAAUGUACGUUAGAUAUAAUAAAUUUAAUAAUACAUCACAGGUAUAUCUGAAAGUUGUAAGUAUUUGUUACUACCGUUAUCGAUCAACGAUGCAACCAAACGGAACACAUUACAAUGAGAGAAAAAGGAAAAUAAUUCUGAUAAAUAAUUGUUAAUAAUAAAUUAGUUAGGCAUUAUAAAAUAAUUAUUGUUAAUGCUUGGGCUAGUGAAUGCUUUAGUCGCUUAAAUAAAGUCCCGACGCGCAUGUCAAAUAUUUUUGUACGAAAUGUAUUAUAAUGUACAGACAGUACACUGGCUAAGAUGUGUCUAACGUGCAAUUCUUAUUCUAAGACCUGUAUAUUCGAUAUGGAAAUAAAUGUGUUAUUAUA